UCAAAGUUCAAAGUUUCGGCAACAACCAGGAACCAAGUCAAAUAGAGCCAAAAUCAGAACCCUAGAGAGAGAAAGAGAAAGGGAUGGGGGGACACAAUCCAAUAGAGGUCGCGAAGACGGUUAUGGAGGUUGCGGACGUGGCUUGGAUGGCCGUAGAACGUUGCCAGCAUCACCAUCUCCACCAUAACCAACCCGAGGAUUGCGGUGACCGAAAUCACGUAUCAUCGGAGGAAGGAGAACAGGCAGAAUUAGAGUCCAUGAGGUCGGAGAAUCGCCGGCUGCGGAACUUGCUCAAGCAGAACCUCAAGCUCCUUCAAAACCUAUCUGAAGCUCAAUUUCUUCAAGAUUGUCCUCCCGAUCUGCAUGCUCGCCUACCAGCUACUGUCAAUUCUGAUAAAUUCACCACACAACUUAAAUCCCAAAAACGCGAGCUGAUUGAUGGAACUGGUGCUAUGUUUCCUUUUAAGGAAGCUUCAGGAUCUGAUAUAGAGUCUGCUGAAGUAUUAAUCAAAAUUGACCUUGAUGAACCUAGUUGGUGGGUUUGGGUCACUGAUGAAAUGGUCCCUAGUAAUGUUGAAGAACUGAGUGGAAUAGAUGACGAAAACUAUGUAGUUGUUACCCAGGAGCAUGUCGUGGAUGGGGUUGCAAAUUUCAUGGCUAGAUGUAUUUUGUCAAAUCCAAAAACUCAAAAAAUGUCACCUGAGGAGCUGCAGAAAAGUCUGAACCAUGCAUUGGGUGGUAUGAACAAGGUGGAGACGAUGUUACAUAUUUGGCAUGCAGGGAAGACGUUUUAUGCUUUAUCCAGUUGGGGGCUUACUUUAUUUGGACUUUAUAAGAGCCGCAGCAUAUUGAAACUUGCAGCCAAUGGAGUUCACACAACAGGCAAAUUUGUUCUCAAAGCCCUUUGAUGAACAAAUAAAAAUCUCACAAAAUGUAAAUAUUUAUCUGAUAUUUGUUUAUUUCUGUACAGAUAUUUCUCCCAAGUUGGUUGUGUUCCACUGUGUGUGUGUGUGUGACAAAUUAUUUUGUUUAAAUUUUAAAUUAGACAAUGUGAUUUCUGAUUUUCUUCACAUUUCACAAGAUAACUAGUAAUGGAAUUUGCUACCA